AUGUCAGACAAAAAGCCCACGGCAAAUGUUAACAUAAUUGGCCAUGAUGAUCGACCAAACAAGAAUGGUCGGGGCAGGCGACCAAGCAGCGAAGACAUCCAGACAAGGACGUUGAGAGUCCGCACCACCAUCACCACGGUGUUCAAUAAACCUAUCUACCGAAUUUUUAGUGAGAUACGCGAUAAACUCUUCGUUCGAUGGCCAGCCAAGUUGGGAGAAGCUCAAAGGGGUUAUGACGCUAGGUGCUGGUGCACCUUCCAUGAUGAAGUGGGGCACCGAACUGAAAAAUGCACGCCUUUAAGGAAGCAUCUGGAAGAGUUAGUGGUCGCAAGCCACCUGGACCAGUAUAUUGAUGAGGGAGCUCAACCAGCCCCCCAGAACCGAGACAGGCCAGAUGGGAUGCCAGCCAACGGUCCGCCCCAAAGCGUAAUCAAUGUGAUACAUGGGAUCAUCAAGCCUGAACGAGUAUGUGAGCUCAAGGGCAUGAUAAAAAAGGCUGAGCACAUGAGGAAGGUACAAAGUACACAGCCUGCUGCGAAAAAGGGAAAGACAGAGGCAACUAACGUCAUCACCUUUUCUGACAAUGACUUAGCAAGGUUACAAAGCCCUCACAACAACGCACUAGUGGUUACUUUGCAUGUCAAGAAUUUUGAUAUCAAACGGAUUCUGAUUGACCAAGAGAGCUCGUGCGAGAUAAUGUAUUAUGAGACCUUCAAGCAACUUAAACUGAUGGACAAAGAUUUAGUGCCCGUGACAUCUCCCUUGGUCGGUUUCAACUCAAUGCCAGAAUAG